AUGUGCAAGUGGUGCGAUAGCAACGAAGAAAUCGUUGAUCAUAUUUUAACAGGUUGCAACAUAACAGCGGCUGUUUGGGAAGGUAUUUCGAGAUGGUGCCGUAUUCCGGAGGUGUACGCGUUUGACGUUAAGGAUCUGGUCGGCCUCCAGGAGCAUUGUGAUGGAAUAGUUAAUAAGAAAUUGGUGCUGCACGGUAUAUUUAUCAUUGUUUGUUGGCAUUUAUGGAGGGCUAGGAACGAGAAGGUUUUUUCGAAUAGAGAUAUAAAGGUGAGCGACAUCGUUGCGGAUGUUAAAUCGUUGGGUUUCUUGUGGUACAAACAUAGGUUUAAAAAAGGUUCAGUGGGGUGGGAUAGGUGGUGUCUUUUCGAUGUGAUGUAA